UCGCACAGUCAAGAUGUAUCUCAUCCAGAAGAACAAGGAAGUCAAGGAGAACUCGAAGCAGAAUCCUUCGCAGAAUCUCGUGGAAUCGCAAAAAAAAUCUCCCACCGCCGCAUAUGCAAUGUUUAUGCACCGCGAAGAGUUAAGAAGGAGAAAAAUCCAUGUGUCUCGGGUUUCUGCAACCAAAAUUCACCUGACCAGUGAACUAAUCGCUAAAACUAAGAAGAAUAUUCGACAGUGCAGCUUCGAGGAUCUGGAGAUUCUCGCCAGGGAAACGCUCUUCAGGAAGAAUCUUCAGCGACAUUUGUACUAUCGACGCAUGCAAAUUCAUCAAUACAUGAUAAACAAGAAAAAGCAACAAGCCAAGGAGAAGAAAUGAGGAAAAUAUAAUGUUAUUUAAUUUAAGAACAGCAAAGUGAUUAUUAAAGCUAUGUAUUGUAAAUAAAUAUAAAUUAAGAUAAAUA